AUGAAGUAUACAGGUAAUGCGGAAAUCCCUGCACAGCAUGAUGAAGAUGAUUCCGAGGAUGUUCACGUUCCACCAGUAGCUACUCAGGAAGAAUGGCUAGAAGCUGCAUCACAGGUCCCCUCUUCUGAUCGCUCUGUCUGUAAUGAUGGAAUUCUAAUUCCUAAAGCCGGAAUAGAAGAGCCAGAAGCUGUAUCACAGGCCCAGGAUGAAACUCCGUCUGAUGUCUCGGCUCCUGAGGCCCAAGCAGGGACCAAGAUCAUGGUAGAGACUGAAGAUGCUCCCCAAAAGUCGAAGAAAACACCACCAAAACGGGUUCAGUCAAAGAGAGCCCCACUGAGAAAGUGUUACCCAAGGAGAGCUACAAGGAAUAAGGCCCCAGCUCACAAGAACAAACAUGGUGAAAAGGUUUCCAUCUCAAGUGAUGACUCCGGAAAUGAUGAGGCACCAUUACGCGCUGUAGAUGCACUACUUCAAUCCCUGAACGGAUGCCGCCGGGAGAAGGAUAGCCAAGGUUACCAGGACAUAGAAGGUGAGAAGGAGGCCACCAGCGAGAGGGACAACCAAGGUUUCCAGGAAAUAGAAGGUGAGAAGAAAGCCACCAGAGAGAAGGACAACCAAAGUUUCAAGGACAUAGAAGGUGCGAUUGAGGCUGCCACGGAGAAGAACAACGAAGAUGAGAAGGACAUAGAAGGUGGGAAUGACGCAGCCGGGGAGAAGAACGCCGAAGGUGACAAGGACGUGAAAGCUGAGAAGGACGUUGCCGGAGAGAAAGACAACAAAGGUGACAAGGACGCCGACGAUGAGAAGGACGUCGAAACUACGAAGGAGGCCGCCAGGGAGGAGAACGAUGAAGGUGAGAAGGGCACCGACAAUGACACAAAACAUGCCAACGAAGAGAAGAACACCGUCGUGGACAAGGGCAACAAGAAUGAAUCCACUACUGAAUAUGCUACCCCUGAUGAAGUGAGGUAG